UGUCCUUAACCAUGAUGAUCAGGGGGUGUGCAGUAGAAAUCCAUUAUUUGAUCAAAGUUAAGGUUUCAUACUAAAGUAAAAGAACACCGCUAAAACCUUUUUUAGGCUUUGAUGGGUCUUUGCUGGAGAAGUAGGCUAUAGGCUACGAAACCACCAACAGCAGUGAAUGUAUGCUACUAAGUAAGACAACAUCUAUCGGGGUGGACUCAAAAAACAUAUUUAAAUGUGCAUUGUGUUUGUAACCAUCCGAUUUAUUUUGAGUGAACCAUCUAUAUGAUGACCUCUUAUCUGGUAUGUACUAUCUCUCUCUCACUCUUUGAUUUUAACAGGUUGACUUUAAGAAGAUAUGACGCACUGUGCACUCAUGCUCUGAUAUCGAAUACCACAUCUCAGUUGAGCAUAGACAAGUAUGAAGAUAACCUAACUUAACCUAACACGAGUUAGGCCAGGCAAGGGACUGUAGCUAUAUUUAACUGACGAUAAAGGCCAUCCUUUGUAUGGUGAAUGGUAUGCUUCUCAUCUCUAUUGGGGCAUGACUGACUUCGUCACACAUUGUUUCUGUGCUGACGACAGCCCAUCAACCUCCUCUUGUGAAACGUCAGGUCUCUGGAGAUAAAGAGGAGGACAGACUCCUGCCACUUCACACCAAAGAAAAGGCUGAAUGCAAACAUAUUCUAGUGAUGUUGUGAUUCUAUAGAAGUGAAAGAAUUAAACAAAUGGAUUUUGUGCUGUUUGGAGAUGAUACAACUUCAGUGUUUUCUCCUCGCUAUAAACGAAUGAUGCACAAAACAUGGAAACCCAGGAUUCACAUCCAUCUACAAAGUCAAGCACAAAAAGCAAUACAAAAGAAGGUCAAAGGGCCAGCUGCUGCUGAUUUGGACCUCUGGACUAAAUCUCUUCUGUACCUUUUGUCUGAUCAGAAUGGACAAAUGGCAUUCAAAACAUUUUUGAAGUCAGAGUUCUGUGAAGAGAAUUUAGAGUUCUGGCUCGCCUGUGAGGAAUUUAAAUGCACUAAGUCAAAAGACAUACUGACUUCCACAGCCAUUGGCAUUUAUGAACAAUUCAUCAGAACAGACUCUCCAAAACAGAUUAACUUGGAUUUUCACACAAGAGAACGUAUCACGCAGAGCCUCCAGCAUCCUACCACAUCCUGCUUUGUUGUGGCACAGAGGAAAAUAUAUCACCUGAUGGAGAACGAUGCCUACCCUCGUUUCAUCCAGUCAGACUUUUACAAAGAACUACACGCUGCAGCCUCCAAAGGAGCCAAAAAGAAUCACAGGAGAGUUCUGCAUUAAGACAAUGUCCCACGGCAGAGUCAGUGGCCACAAGGAAAUGAAGAGGACAGGCUCCCUAGUGCCAUGAUUAAGUUAGUUAUAUACAUGGCUUGACAAGUGUGGGCCUUGGGGAUGUGUUGAUCCUUAUGUUAAGGAAAAAAAAUCAUGCUUCUGUUGUCCCUAACUUCUUGGGCAUGCUUUUAGACAUUAAAGUGUUUUUAUUUCAUGUAACACUCUCAAAACACUGUGAACCUUUUUCAGCUCAGUGUUUCGAGCUCAGAUAAAUGUGCAGUGUGCAGCUGGUCUGUAGUACAUUAUUAUUUUACUGAUAAUAACUCGUUUGGUUUACCAUUUUAUUUAUCAUGCCUAUUCUGUCAUGUUUAAGUAUAUGUUCUAUACAAAAUUACUA